AUGGCUGCCUUCUUUGCCAAGCUGGAAAGGGCUUCUGCCCUGUCAGAGCUUAUGGUCCAGGCUCUGCGGGAAGCAAGGAGGAGACGGAGAGGAGCCACGUCCUGCAGGUCGCUGACCGUGACCCAGCAGGAGAAGACUCCACCGCCUCGACCCAGCCCGCUGGAGGCCAGCGGGGAUGGCUGUGAAGAGCCCAAGCAGCUGUCCUGGGAGCAGGAGUUUCUGGUGGGCAGCAGUCCAGGCGGCGGCGGGCGGGCGCUGUGCAUGGUGUGUGGGGCCGAGAUCCAGGCACCCUCGGCCGACACGGCUCGCAGGCACAUCCUGGACCAGCACCCGCACACCUUAGACCUGAGCCCCUCGGAGAAGGGCAACAUCCUGGAGGCCUGGAGCGAGGGGGUGGCCCUCCUGCAAGACGCCGGAGCCCAGCCAUCCCCACCCAGCUCAGACUCAGGCCGGGAUGUCGAGCUGGACCCGGAUUCCAACCCGGGCACCGCCAAGGUGCCGGCGGAGAUCGUCGUCCUCCUUGACCCUGAGGACAACCCGUCCCUCCCUAAGAGGAUCCGGCCCAGGGGACUCCGCCCCCUCGAGCUUCCCGCCACCCCUGCCACAGAGCCAGGAACUAAGAAGCCUCGUGGUCAGAGAUGGAAGGAGUCCCCUGAGGAAGAACCAGUCAGAAAGAAAAAAGGCAGAUCUGCGACCAAACACCCUGACCCCGACCCAGACCCCCCGCCGCCGCCCAGCUCUCCCACAGAGGCUUUCGCCGCACCCGCUGAGGUCCGGCACUUUACCGACGGCAGCUUUCCUCCGGGCUUCGUCCUGCAGCUUUUCUCUCACACGCAGCCCAGGGCCCCAGACGGCAAGGGCCCGCCUGAAGAAGGGGAGGCAGCGGACGGAGGCCUUUCCGGGGCAGGGAGCCCCUCCCCAGCUCCCCCGCCAGGGCUCCACGGAACACUGGAUCUUCAGGUCAUCCGGGUGCGCAUGGAGGAGCCCCCGGCGGUCAGCCUCCUGCAGGACUGGCCCAAGCACCCCCCGGGCGCCAAGGGCGUGGGCGUGGGCACAGGCGACAGCCCCGACUGGCCCGCGGUCCUGGCGGAAUCCAGCACCCCCGUGGGGGGGCAGCCGGCGUCGGGGGGCGCAGUGUAG